CCUCUUAUUCCGAUCUCGCUAAAAAGGUCAAGACGUGCAAACAAACAAAAUGGCGGAGACCGAAUCGCAUGCACAAGUCGAUACGGUCAAUACACAAGCCACCCAACAGGGUGUGCCUACAAACGAGCUCCCACAAGAGGAGACAGUAAACGAACUGUCAACAGACACAGAGGAGAACUGUGAGCCACCCUCCAAAAAGACAAGAUUUGAGUUAGAUGUUGUGCCACAAAAUAGUUGGCAAAUUCAGCAAGACUUAGCUGACUAUGCAAAUAAAUACAUGGAUAUUUUUCAACCAAAUGUAGCCCUCGAGGAAGGGAUUUUAUUUGACAACCCAGUACCGGGAAAUGUUCAGAACGAAAAAUUGCUUGAUGUGCACUUAAAAGAACUUCUUCUCGAGCAAGAUAAGAAGAUAACGCUUAAUCAAGACCGCAUGGUUACAAACAUUCAACAGCGAAUAAGCUUUACUAUGGGGCCACUGUGUCGCCUUUGGUCACUUAUGGAGGGAGAGAAGACUUCCUUAUCAAGCUCGCCAGACGUCGACCAAAAUCUUGAAAGUAUUAACAUGAUGUCUCAAUUAUUUGAUCAAACUAUCCUACUUCUAGGACAGGCAUACAAUUCUUGCUCCUAUUUGAGAAGGUUCAAUGUGCUGAUGUCUUUCAUACCAGAUAAAAAGAAAGUAGAGAGUAUGUUAAAGGAAAUGUCAUCAAGUUUUGUGCCCUCUGAAAAAACUGAACCAGCUUUGUUUGGUCCUAAAUAUGAAGACAUGGUGUCAAAAUUUCUUUCGUCAAAGAACAAAUCGAAAGAACUAUUUACUUCAUUCAAAAAGAAUAGUAGCAGAGGAUCACAUUCUGCCAGCCGACCCUUUUCAAGAGGCCCUCUAUUUCAGACCAGAGGUAGGGGGCGAGGUUUCUUCACCGCAGCUGGUAAAAACUACAACAACCGUGGAUCUAACCGGGGAAGCAACAGAGGAAGCAGAGGUAUGUUUCAAUUCAAUAUUAGAGGUGCCUUUUCUCAGCUUAUCAGAGAUUUUGGACAUAAGGGACUUCCCAAAUGUACAUCCUUUGAUAAAAAGGUUAUUUCCAAUACCUAUUCCCCACCUGCCUCCUGCAGGAAGGACUCAAUACUUUGUGGAGAAUUGGAAAAAGCUGACAAACGAUCAGACAAUGUUAAAGAUCGUACAGGGAUACGAGAUACCCUUUCUUUCCCCACCAAAACAGAGAAUUGUUCCACCCCCUAUUCAUAUCAGUCACGAAGAGAAAUCCCUUGUGGACAAGGAGGUCCAAAGUAUGCUGAGAAAAGGUGCCAUCAAAAGGGCAACUCAUGUACCGGGGAAUUUAUCAGUACAAUUUUUCUUGUGGACAAAAAAGACGGUGGUCAUCGGCCAGUAAUAAACUUAAAGAAACUGAACCAAAACAUUCCUUAUGUUCAUUUCAAAAUGGAGGGAUUACAUCUCUUAAAGGAAAUGCUGUGUCCAGGGGAUUUCAUGUGCAAACUGGACUUAAAAGACGCUUAUUUUGCAGUCCCAUUGUCAAAAAAUUCGAGGAAGUUUGUUCGGUUUCUUUGGGAAGGACAGCUCUACGAGUUUCUGUGCCUAUGUUUCGGGCUCUCAAAAGCCCCGUGGAUUUUCACAAAACUCUUAAAGAUCCCAAUCUCCCUCCUAAGAAAACUGAGAGUAAAAAUAAUAGUUUAUUUGGACGAUAUGAUUAUUAUGGCCAGUGCAAAGGAAGAGUUGUUGAUGGCCAGGGAUACUCUGAUAUUUCUCUUUCAGAAUUUAGGGUUUCUAAUCAACAGCAACAAGUCAGUUUUCGAACCAACCCAAUGCCUCGAUUUUUUGGGGGUGACAAUAAAUUCUCUGACAAUGACAGUAAAACUGCCAAUGGCAAAAGUUACAACAUUGAAAGUACAAUGCCAGAAAUUGUUAAAGCAGGAGUGGGUCACAAUAAGAGAACUGUCCAAACUCAUAGGAAAACUUUCCUCAUCAGUAGUAGCAGUAUUUCCAGCCCCCUUACAAUACAGGUUCCUUCAACAACAACAGAUAAAAGGGUUGUUGACAAAACACAACUUCGAUGCUCAGAUAACUUUGUCAGAUCUAGCCAAGGGGGAGCUUCAUUGGUGGCUGAACAAUCUAGAAUUGUACAAUGGCAAAUCCCUAUUAACACCAACCCCACUAGUAAUUCAGAAAAUAAGCUCAGAUGCCUCCAAGAUGGGGUGGGGAGCAUUUUGCCAGGGACAAAAAACGGGUGGCCCAUGGACUCGAAAGGAAAGGGAUUUUCACAUCAACAUACUGGAGUUGAAGGCAAUCAACCUUGCUUUAAGAACCUUUACAUAUAUGAAAAAAAAAGGGGUAGCAGUCCAUGUGGAGACGGACAAUAUGACAGCCCUAUCAUAUUUAGUAAAAAUGGGGGGAACCAAGAACGAGACUCUGGUAAAAAUAGCAAAAGAAAUUUGGCAAUAUAUAAUGGAGAAAGAGAUCACGAUUACUGCAGGUUACAUACCAGGCUACCUGAAUGUAGAGGCAGACCGGGAAUCCAGGCACAGUCUCUCAGACUCCAGCGAAUGGAAACUGCUACCAACAGUAUUCCAAAAGGUAUGCCAGAUAUGGGGAACACCGGACAUAGAUUUAUUCGCCUCAAGGGUGUCGCAUCAACUUCAGAGCUACAUGUCCUGGAAACUAGACCCAUUCAGCAAGGGGAGGGAUGCUUUUCAGAUCAAGUGGAAACACCAUUACGCAUACGCUUUCCCCCCUUUUGCUCUGAUAGGCAGGGUUCUCAAAAAAGUUCAAGUAGAACAGGUAGACAUGAUCCUAAUAACUCCAGCUUGGCAAACACAAGCAUGGUUUCCAACAGUCCUAGAAAUGUCAGUAAGGCACCCUCUGAUCCUUCCAGGGAGAAUAGAUCUGUUAAAGAACCCGAGGGGAGAGUGCCAUCCACUAUUAGUAAACAACAACCUCAAAUUACUGGCAUGGAACAUUUCAGGAAAAGUUUGGAGGCAGAAAAAAUAUCAGGAAGGGCUGCCACUCUUAUCACGGCUGCCAGAAGGCCAGGAACUGUCAGUCAUUAAAACUCGUCUUGGCGAAAAUGGCAUAGCUGGUGUGGUGAAAAACAAGUUUGUCCCACUAGAUGUCCUAUAGAAUAUAUAUUGGAUUUUUUGGCACAUCUUUUUGAGGAAGGGUUACAGUAUAGCACCAUAGGGUCACAUAGGUCUGCAAUAUCAGCCUUUCAUGAACCUAUUGAUGGGAAACCCAUCGGCGAACACCCUAGAGUGUCAUCUCUCAUGGCAGGUGUCUUUAAUAAAAGACCUCCGCAACCAAAAUCUGUUUUCAUUUGGGAUAUUGAACAGAUUCUUAAAUAUUUAAGGAAUAUGCCAGACAACGUCUGUUUGUCAGACAAGCAGUUAAGUUUAAAAGUGGCAAUGCUACUGUCUUUAACAGCUGCUAGUAGGGUUUCUGAAAUAACUUUUUUGAGUACUGAUACUCUCAUAAAACAUGAAGACUUUUAUAUGUUCCAAUUCAAGCAACUAACUAAGGUUUGCCGCCCAGGGAAGAAAAGGCCGCCACUGAAAUUCUACAGGUUUAGGAACGAUGAAAAACUGUGUGUAUGUGUCACCCUGGAGGACUACUUAAGUAGAAGAGAAAAGUGGAAAGUCACCGAUUCUCAACUUCUUGUAAGCUAUAUAAGGCCACAUAAACGGGUCUCCACUUCAACAGUCUCGGGAUGGCUAAGACAAAUGCUUCAGCUCGGGAACAUUAAUGUGGAAAAAUUUAAGGCUCAUUCCACAAGAUCCGCAGCGACUUCAAAAGCAAAAGCAAUCGGCAUCUCUCUAUCCGAUAUUCUCAAGCAGGCACAUUGGUCUUGCGAAUCCACAUUCCAAAGGUUCUAUCAUAAGCAGGUAGAGGACCCGAGUCUUACGUUUCAGAAAGCACUGUUCUCUGGUGGGCUUUGAAGAGAGGUGGUUGAGGCUAUGACCUCUAGAUUUAUUGCGAGAUGGGGGAUAAUCCAGUAUUAGCUCGGCGGAGAUUUCAUGAAAUGAAAUUGAAGAUUACGUAAGGGCGCGUAGCGCCCGCAAGGUAAUCCCGAUUUCAUGAAUGAAAUCGAAGCACGAGCUAAUACUGCCCUCCCUCCCAUCCCGUAUUUUCACAUAUUUUUCUUUC